CCUUUCGUUUAUGCAUUUUCCCUCCAUUCUCGAGAGAAGGAGAAGAAAGUGGAUUUUUAAAGAGAGAGAUAGACCGCAACAAACAUGCAGACAAUAAACAUGACACCAAAACCUUCUAUGCUUAAGUACUUUCUUUUGUCUAUCCUCUUUUCUUUUUCUUUCCUUCUCUUUUUCUUUUCUCUCAAACCAAUCACCCACCAACCACCCUCCAACGACCUAAGAAUCCGACCCGGUUACACCUCCUAUGAUUCUUACAUACAGCGUCAACUCAACAAAACCCUUAAUCCUAAACUAAGGAAGAUUUGGAUAACCCGAGACUGGGACCGUAAAGUUCGAGUCUUUUCUAGUUUCUUUCAAGAUUUUAAGCAAAAAAACCUUCUUUUCAACCAUUCUAAAGCGUUGAGCAUCGGAGCCCGAGUCGGGCAAGAGGUGGAGGCUUUGAGACGUAUCGGGGUGGCCGACUCGGUUGGUAUAGACUUGGUUCCUUACCCGCCGUUGGUUAUAGAAGGUGACUUCCAUCACCAACCGUUCGACGAUGACAGUUUUGAUUUUGAGUUUUCUAACGUGUUUGAUCACGCGCUGUAUCCGGAUAAGUUCGUGGCGGAGAUUGAACGGACGUUGAAACCAGGUGGGAUAUGCGUGUUACACGUGGCUCUUUCCAGACGUUCUGAUAAGUACUCGGCGAAUGAUUUGUAUAGUGUUAAGCCGCUGGUGGGGAUGUUUAAGAAAUCGGAGGUGAUUCAUGUCCGGAAAGUUGACGGGUUCGGCUUGGAUACAGAGGUCGUUUUUAGAAAGAAAGUGAAACACAAGGAAAAGGUAAUCCAACGGUCCUGAUUUGAUUUAUUUUUUAUAUGAACUGUAUUUCAUUUUCUCUUUAUUUGUUUAUUCUUUUUAUUUUAUUUUGUAAUCUUGAUGAGCUGAGAACUUUUUUCUAGUCUUAUUAUUUGUUUGUUUACAUUUGUUGCUAAUGAAAUGAAAGUAUUUCAA